UGUGCAGUUGCCCUGUUAUUUUUCGACAGCUGAGCUGUCAAUUCCUAGAAAAGUGACACCUGGAAAACUGAAAGCAUCUUGAAACUGUCGCAGACCAUUUGGGCGCAAACGACGGAAUGUCAUCCCCAGCAGACGUCGAUUUCGAGGCCGCCAUCACCCUCUUGCGGGACACCUAUCGUCGCAAGUGUUCAUCAAAAGACGAUAAGAUCAGUCAAUUGUCAUCUGAGCUGAGACGAAAAGAUGCCGAGAUCAAGGAGCUUUGGGCGCGCGUGGAUGCCUUACAAGCUGAGAACGAGCAAGCAAGGCACCGGAUGGCCGAGAUGUCGAGGUCGGUUAACAAACUAGCCAACUUCAAGCAAAGCGUCAUGGCGUCGCUCGCUGCAGAAGACGCGGAAGACGUGACAUUAGCUGCCGAAAAGACACAGCCUGCUUAUCAUGUGGCCGCUGCGUCUGCGUUGAGACCGCGAAAGCGGGAUGAGCAAGUCAAUCACCGUGGGAAUGUCGGGACUCCCCGUGAUACGAAUUUGCAGGCGGAGAACGACAAUGAAAGUCUGCACGACGAGGAUGUGACGCUGGCGGAUCACGUCUCGCACCCUGAAGCAUUAUUCAACACAACACAGCUCUUCGCUCGGCGAUCGUCCUUGUCAGACGGUCUAGACGGGCGUCCCCAGACCUCCUCACAUCAUCAGCGCGAUUCAAACCCAGACGCAUCAGACGGGGAUCACCUCCCCAAUGACAAAAGCAGAACCAAAAGAGUGCUCACCACCCCGCCUCGCAAAAGCACCGUCAUAGCUGAUCGAACCGCGAACCCUGCGGCGACGUCGUCCGCAAGCGUGGCAUUCGGCAACAUCGAGAUCAUUCCGCGACCGGACUCGCCUUUCUCAACAUCGGCGACGACAACCGUAUCUGGCCAUUCUGGAGUCGCGAGCGCGCUGGGCAAUGUUGUGCCCAAUUCUGCGGAUGGGCGGGACUUCUUCAAACGGGCGAGGCAUGAGCUCAGUUAUGAUGAGUUCACCGAGUUGCUAUGGCAUGUCAAAGCGUACAAUAACCGCGAGCAAAGCCGCAAGUAUACGCUCGAGGUGCUCGAGAAACUAAUUGCAAAAAAGCAUGAGAGAUUAUACGAUUCUUUUAAAAGGCUAGUUCAAGGUUGACGCGGUGCAGACCAGCAUGACAUGUAGUGGCGUCAAUUGAUGCCCCCGUCGAGGCCCGGAGGAAAACCGUUUUCUUGCAAAACCUCCACACGAAAAGGUGGUGAUGUCAAAACGGUAUAUAUACCGUAUACAUAGGGGACGCAC